AUGGACUCUAACAUUAUUGUUGGGUACCACCGUGACUCAUUCGUCAGAGGUUUAUUGGUCGAUCGCUUGAAGAUUGAUAGGUCCAUGGUUAAGAAUUACUCUGACAUUAAAGAAUAUAAAGAGGCAUUAGACAGAGGAAGUCAUAAAGAUGGCGUCGAUGCUAUUUUUGAUCAAGUUCCAUACAUUAAGAUCUUCCUCAAGCAGAAUGGUUCCAAUUAUGCCAUGGUUGCAACUAGGGACCGCAUUGAUGGAUUUGGUUUUAUUCCGCUUCCGUUCAAUGUCAAUGAUCACCCUGUCUCCAGAAUCGCUUCAUCUCUCUCAAGUCUUAACGUUGAAAUAUAUACUACAGUUGAUUCCAAGAUCAAAAAGGAGGACGAAGAGAUAGCCGCAAAGGGAAGCUUCAUACAUCUACUCCUAAAAAGUCGCCGUUCAUACCCUCCUCUAACAACUCGCACUGAAUUGCGCCGCCUUCUCUCUGGUACCGUUUCAAUUCUGAUUAGUAGUUUCUACUCUCUUUUGUAUUUGCUCACUAAAAAUCAAAUAAUCAAUUUCUGUGAAAUUCUCAAAUUAGAUACACCGAAGUUGCUGAGAAAUCUCCUAAAUGCAUGUGAACUGAAACGUUUCAGGCUUGAAUCACUCAAAACGCAGCACUUCUGUCAGAUGGCAUACCCAAAUCGCUACUGCUAUGGCUUCCUCCUUAUGAUUUCUUGUUCUUGUGGUGUGUUGUUAAUAGCUCCGAUUGAAGCAGAAGAUGAUGCAGGGUCACUCUUGGGAGGGAAGAAGCUGAUCAUUGGACUUCCUUAUAAAUCAGGCUACACCCCAUUUGUGGAUGUACAACAACUCAAUUCUUCUAAUAACAAUCAGGUCGUCCAGGUUGGGGGCUAUUCUAUUAACGUCUUCGAUGCUACAAUAGCCUACCUUAAGCGUUCGAAUUACAAUAUUUCGUUCGAGUAUAGAGCGUUUGUAGACGAAGAGGGAAACAGUGCUGGGGAUUACGACGCACUUGUCCACCAGAUUUUCGAAGGAAAGUAUGAUGCUGUGGUGGGAGAUGUGACGAUUUUGGCAAAACGGUUGAAUUAUGCUGAUUUUACGUUACCAUAUACGCAUUCUAAUGUGAAGAUGCUUGUGAAAGUUCGACAUGAUCCACGGUUGAAUAUGUGGAUUUUUGUACGACCAUUUAGUUGGAGUCUUUGGUUGUCCAUUGCCAUAAUCUCUACUUUUAUCGGAGGUAUCUUACUAUUCAUGGAACGUAAUGUCAACAAAGAUUCAACGCAUGAAAAUUCACCAUGUAGGAAACAAUUCAAUGGGAUUUCUAUCCUGUGGUUUCCUGUUGUACAGGCAAUUUUUCCUGAAAGAGAAUCACUAGCCAAAAAUUGUUCAAGGUUUGUGCUGGCGAUGUGGUUGAUACUGGUAUUUGUGCUCAUGCAAAGCUACACAGCAAGCUUAUCAUCGAUCUUGACAAUACAUCAGUUGCAACCUCGGUACCUUAGUGAGAACGAUGUUACAGAAGAUCCCAACAUUAUUGUUGGAUACAAUCACGGUUCAUUUGUGGGAGACUUAUUGAUCAAUGGCUUGAAGAUCCAUAGGUCAAGGGUGAAGAGCUACGCUAGCAUUAAAGCAUAUAAGGAGGCUUUAGAUAAAGGAAGUCGUAAAGUGGUGUUGAUGCUAUUUUUGAUGAAGCUCCCUACUUUAAGGCUUUCCUCAAGAAUUAUGGCUCCAAUUAUGCAGUGGUUGGAACUAGGCACCAUGCUGGUGGAUUUGGUUUUGCAUUUCGCAAGGGCUCCACGCUAACCCCGCACUUUUCUAAAGCCAUAUUAAAUAUUAGCGAGAGUAAUGAAAUGGACUGCAUUGAGGAGACAUAUUUUGGAAGCAGCGAUGAUGAUAAAAACCAAGAACUAUCUAAUUCAUCAUCAUCAAAUAAUGCGAGUCCCAGUCUUACAGCUUACAGCUUUGCAGGUUUGUUCAUGGUCAUUGGAAUUCUUUCACUGUUAGCUUUGCUAGUCUCUGAAUGUCAUAUUUGGCGAAAACCUGUCAUGCUCGCGCAGACUUAUAGCCAACAAUUUUUCAGUCGGAGCUCUAAAAGAAUCAGUCCAUUAGAGGAAGGUUCUCCAACAACAAUAAAGGAUGACAAAGAAUGUUAUACACGCAC